AUGCUCUCUCACCCCGUCGAUGAGGUCCGCGUCCUUGUCGAGUACCCCGGUGCCCGCACUGCUCGAUUCACUGACGGGUUGCAGGCUAUAUGUGCUAAUAGUGCUGAGGAUGCUUGGAAUAAAUACAUAGAAGCUGGUGUCGUAAAAGGGAAGAGAAUAUCGGUGGCGAUGUCAUUGACGCCAGCAACGGAGGAGGAAAGGCUGUAUCAGCAUUUGAGUGGCUUUUAUCAUCACUACGUGGUGGACCCGGCCACUGGAGAGUUGGGGUGUUGCCUUAGUGAUAAGGAUGAUGAUUUCGUUGAUGCAGACUUCAGAGUUUAUUCUGUUGACGACUUCGGCUCGCUUAUGAAUCUACUAUGUCAGCUGUCGGAUUUGAGUAAGGCGGCUGAGGCUGGGGAGAAGGCGGCGAUGGCUAUGGAUUUUGAGGGCCUCAACUUGUCCCGAGAUGGAGCGAUGAGUUUGGCUCAACUGUGCUUGUCGUCCGACCCGAAGAGUGUUUAUGUAGUCGAUAUCACUAGACUGGGCUUCCACGCCUUCCAUGCUACUACUCAUACGGGUACGUCACUGAAGUCUAUUAUGGAGGAUACUUUGAUAGAGAAAGUGUUCUACGACCCUCGUCACGAUGUUGAUGCCCUCUACUACCAAUUCAACGUGGCCCCUCAGAAUGUUUUCGAUCUCCAGCUGGCUGAGGUGGCUCUACGACGGGCACGAGGCCUCACCGUACGCUACGUCAUCGGCCUCUUCAAAUGCCUUGUUCAGUCCGAAGUGUUUGUCCAGCCUGAACUGCGGGAUUUCGCGACUAGGAUAAACGACAUUGGCAAGGCGCUCUUUGAACCCAAGCAUGGUGGCAGCUAUAAAGUGUUCACUGAGCGCCCUUUGCAUCCGGGUAUUAUCGUCUAUGCUUCCCAUGACGCACGCUAUCUCUUACCCUUGUACGACACUUUCACGAAACAGUUGAAGUGUGCAGGUGACAACUGGUACAAUAGGGUGCUGGCAGCUAGCGCUCGCCGUGCUGAAUGGUAUCAACACUCCGACUACCUGGUGGCAACGUCUGAAGCUCCUGUUAUCUAG